AUGAAAUUUGAGCCAUUCAGAAAUGAUGACAAAGUCAACUCAUACAAUCGAUACAUACUCCAACUAUGGAGAGAAAAUAUUGAUUGGCAACUUGUUAUGUCAAAACAUGUUGUAACUAAAUAUAUUGCAAAGUAUGCAGCCAAAGCUGAAAAAAGCUCAGAAACAUACCAUCAGAUGUUAUUAUGGUUAGCAAAUGUAGAAAAUUCCGAUGAUUUAGCAGCAAAAGCAUAUAGAAGGCUUCUUACCGAAACACUAAUAGAAAGGGAUAUUGGAGCCCAAGAAACAAGUCACAUGCUACUAGAACUUCCAUUGGUACAAAGUAGUAGAAGAUUUAUCAACUUAAAUGUUUCAAGGGAAGUAUUCAAAUGCGUAGACUUAAAUACUGACGAUGACAAUGAAGAACAUACCAUAUCUUUCAUCGAUGCAUAUAGGAACAUGCCACAAUUUUUGGAAGUUGUGUGCCUUAUUGAUGCUGCAAAAUCAUGGAUAUAUAAAAGAAGAGGAGAGAACAAAUGGAGUCCAAGGAAAGCCGCUACUAUUGUAAGAGUAUUUCCUAGAUUUCAAUCAAUUCCUGCAUGCCACUCAGAAAAAUGGAUUGAUUUUUGCUCUUCAGAAUUGUUGCUCUAUAAGCCUUUUCAUGAAAUUCACACAGAUAUUGGCCACAAUGAUGAAUCAAUAGUUGCAACAUGGGAUAACUUUAGAUAUAAUCAAUGGCACCUAGAAAGGAGAGGAGAUAUUGAAAAUAGUGAAAAUGAGGCUGAUUCAGAAUCUAAAGGCAACAAUGCCCAAGGUACUACCACAAAGAAUGAAUGGGAAAUUUUAUCUAGACUUCAUCAUGGACAGAUUAUGGAAGUUUUAGAAAUAGAUAUGUUGGGAAGAAGAGAUAUAGAUCGACAAACAGGCUGGUGUCAAGAAUUUCAAGGUGAACAAUACACGAAUGAAGCUACAAAUUUCAUUAACAUAAUGAGAAAUAGUGGUUGUCUUAUUCAUGGUGACAUACCACAAUGUGUGGACUAUGGAAACCUCAGUGACAAACAAAACAAAGUAGUCAACAUUAUAAUGUCCCACUAUCAUACAUAUCAAAAUGUAUCACCCUUAUAUAUGAUAAUCCAAGGCACAACAAGAACAGGUAAGUCAUACUUGAUCGGUACAAUAAGUCAAACAUUACAAAAUGCAGCCUCUCCAAAAUGCUCUCCUCUACUUCUACUUGCACCAACAGGAGUUGUAGCAUUCAACAUUGGAGCAUCAACAAUUCAUUCUAAGUUGAGAAUUCCAAUAAAAAAUUUUAGUGAGCUACAAGGGACAAGACUUACAACUUUCCAAGAGGAAAUUUCUCACAUAAAGUACAUAUUAUUAGAUGAAAUGAGCUUCUUGGGAGAGAUGUUACUUGAAAACAUAGACUCUCGUCUUCGACAAGCAUUUCUUGAAAAUAGUCAUAAAAGUUUUGGAGGUAUAUCUAUGAUAUUGGUCGGAGAUUUGGCACAAUUGCCUCAUGUCAAAGAUAGAGCGGCAUAUGAAAGAAAAAGGCAUGCAAGGAUACUGUGGGAAGAAUUCAAAACCGUAGUUACUUUGAGCUGUAUUUUCAGACAAGAUGGACAAAGCAAUGAACAAGAAAUAUUUCGUCUUCUUCUAACAAACAUAAGGGAUGCAAACCCGACAAUAGAUGAUUGGAUGUUACUUAUGUCAAGAUCCAAUGGAAACAUGAGUAUUGAAACAAAUAAUGAGUUCAAAAAUAGUGUUCAUUUAUUCUCGACAAAUGAUAAUGUGCACAGUCAUAACAAGAGAAAAUUGUACUCAUUAAAAAACCCUAUUGCACGAAGCAUCGCUGUAAAAAGAAAAACAAUUAGUUCUAUAGAAAGAGAUGGAAAUGAUGAGUUCGACAUGGAACUAUUACUCAACAAAAAUGCAAGGGUGAUGUUAACUUCAAACUUAUGGAUAGAAGAAGGUCUUGUGAAUGGACCACUAGGAUAUAUUCAAAGUAUUGUAUAUAGACCUGGAAGUGCACCACCUUUGCCACUGUCAUAUAUACUUGUAGAUUUUGAUGGUUACUCAGGAAUUCCAUUUGAUGAUCGUCAUCCCCAAAGAGUUCCAAUUCCAGCAAUUGACAAAGCUAGCACAAAGCAAAUUCCAUUGAGAUUGGCUUGGGCUUUAACCAUACAUAAAUCAGAAGGGUUGACACUAGACAAAGCCACUAUUGAUAUAGACCCCAUUGAAAGAAGUGGUCUCACAAUUGUAGCAAUAUCACGUGUCAAAUCUUUGCAAGGACUACGAAUUAUGCCGCCCUUCACAUAUGACAGAUAUGAAAAAAUGAAGAGGGGAAAACAACAAAUACUUGGAAAUAUGGAUGUUUCACAAGAUGAAUCGGAAAUCAUUGUUCAAAGUCCAACUGCAUCUGUAAACUCAAAAUUUUUUGUUGAAACUCCUAUUGACAAAUGUGUGAGAAUUUUUUUAGAAUGUUGCAACAAAAUUGUCAAAGAAAUUGAAAACACGAGCUUAAUUAUCGAUGAUGUCGAAGAACAUGAAAUAUUAAAAAUGGAAGAUGUUGCUAAAAAAGCUCAUGAUGCAUCUGCAAUAGUGUCCAAAUUUCCAUAUAUUAUGAAAGAAGUAUAUUUUGAUCAUCUUGUAAAUAAAGGUCGUAAUACCAUUCUCAUCACUGAAGAAUUCAUGAUGUAUUUACACCAUUACAAUAAAGUAAUAUUCAUGUAG